AUGGCUUCAAAAAUAUCUCCUCUCCAGACAAUUGCUGCUGGGUUUGCCCAGCCUGCGUGCAGGCGCGCCCCUCGCUUCAUUCUACCAUUUUGCUCACAGUCUCAGCCGAGUUCUCGACGAAGAAUAUCAUCCUCCCGCGCUCCCCAAGAACAGCAGGCUGUGUCAAACUCGAUCCCAAGAUGGCAGCAAACCCCUUCUGCCAUGAAGGCUCCGGUCCGACUGCGUGAAUCUCCGAAUAAGACUGAGUUCAAGGUCAAUUCCGACCCUGCGGUGCUCGACAACUUCUACGUGCGAAUGCUAGGGCAAAACGGGGACAAAUUACUGUCGGAAGAAGUCAAAUGGCAAGCAGUUACGCAUAAAAGUUUUGAUCAAGGACGGAGGGGGUUCAAUGAUCGGUUGGCCUACUUUGGGAAGCAAAUAAUUCUCCUCCAAGCAUCUCUUGCCCUCGUUCAAAAUCCUACGGCCUACGCCCAACCCUCAAAGCCAGAUCCGUUUGAAAGGCUGCCAUAUGACUCUGCUGCGCUCAAGGGUCUCGAAGUCUUGUCUCAGAACACGAGGUCUCAAUUGACACGGAAGAAGCAAAUGUCCGCUUUAGCUAGACAUUACGGCAUCAAUGAGGUUAUGAGAUGGGUACCAAGAAUGCAACACGACCUGACUGAAUCUGGAGUUGACACGAUAUACACCCAUGCUAUGUACGCAGUCAUUGGAGCCAUUGCACUCGAGCACGGAAGCAAAGUUGCAAACGAGAUCGUCCGUGAUAGAAUCCUGAAGCCCCUGGGUUUCCAAAUCGGCGGAAGCGCUUGA